AUGCAUGCAAUCUACGAACUUGAAGAAUUUCAAAGUCUUUGGACCCUCCUCACAGAUAAUUCCCAUUGCGGCCAUUAUUCAAGUUAUCUCAAUGACGGUAUAGUCCUCUCAGAAAAGGAAUUCAACCUUACUCUCAUCCCACUUCCAUGUCUACUCAAUAAACUCAGUUCCGGAGAAGUCACAUCCCUAGAAACAGUCAUUGCAUUUAUCAAGAAGGCCCUUCUUGUCUCCGAUCAAAGCUCAUAUCCCCUCAGAAGUACAGAAUCUAUAAAGGUUGAACAGAUUUUGAAAGCUGUUGAGAGAGCUAAUUAUUUAGAUAUUUAUUAUACAAGAUACGGUCCAAUUGGGCCAUUGCAUGGAUUGCCUAUUUCUAAGGAUCAAUUGAAAGCUAUGGGGUUGGAACAAGACGAAGUAGAUCAGGUAUUCACAGUCGAAUUAGGGCAAGUUAUGUUGGAUUUUGUAUAUUAUCCUGACUUGGGACAUUCAAAGAGAAUGAGUUAUAAUCGCUGGAAUAUUUCCCGUAGAUCAAGAAGUUUUUAG